AUGGGAUUUGCUAGAUCACUGGGAAUUACUUAUGGAGUCAUGGCAGAGUUAUGGGCUUUAAAGGAUGGUCUCAGACUAGCUUCUCAACUUAGAAUUGCUGACAUUUGUGUUGAGCUUGAUGCCGAGCUUAUUGUUUUACUUCUCAAUAAUUACUCGAUAAAUAAUCUCAUGCUAGAGCCUUUGCUUGGUGAUUGCAGGACCCUAUUGAAGAAAUUCCAUAGUACAACUAUCCAAUACAUUUUCAGGGAGGCAAACCAAUGUGCUGAUGCAUUGGCUAAGUUUGGAGCCACCCUUUCAUCGGAUUUUGUUAAUUUUGUUAACCCACCGCCUGUGGUGGAGGAUUUGCUGGCUUUUGACAAAGCUGAACCUUAUUGUAACAGACUUAUUAGUACUUAA